AUGAAGCCCAGUAUCAACAAAAAGGGCAAGUCAGCCAAAGCCACAACCGCGACAAUCGAGCCAGUCACGGACGCAAACUCCACCCUGCCUGAGACAAGCAAGGAACCCAGCCCUCGGCAGCGCCCCCAGAAGCCCAAUUUCCAAGAGAGACGCCAUUACUACGGCGCCAUGGAUUACAAGCUGGUGGCACGAACCAGUGACACCGAGUUCGACAAGACCCGGGCCAAAACCAAGGGAGAGAUGGCCGUGGACCCUGUGGGACACCCGCACUUUGUCAUCUUCUGGAAUGGUCGCGGGGCCAACUCGCUCCAGCUCCUUGUUCGGAAAGCCUUGUCUCCUCUUGAGAUUGUCAAGCUCGAGGCCGUGCAGACAGGCUCUGCCGAUCAAGCCACCACCGAUUGGCCGGUCGUUGUCUGCGCCACGGUGAAGAAGAACUCGGCCAAGUGGGAGCAAGCGGUCGACGCCGCGCUCAAGGCGAAGGACAUUCUCGACGGCUGGGACUUUGAGCACAUCGAUUGUGAGAUCAGAGAGGAGAAGUGA